GCGAAAACCAAAAUUGGUGUUAGUUGUAAACACGGUUGCCUCCCGCAAAACGCGUACACAAGGAUUUGAAUUCUAUUCAAAGCAAUUUUUUUUGGACCACUUUUCUAAAUGUCCGCCGCAGUCGUUCCUUCCGCGGACAACAUUGUCUGGAUCGAUCUGGAGAUGACCGGUUUGGACGUAAACCGGGAUCGCAUCUUGGAAAUCGGCUGCAUUAUCACCGAUAAAGAUUUGAACAUCCUGGCCCGCGGCCCGGGCAUUGCCAUUCACGAAUCGGAAGAAGUGCUCGCUGGCAUGAACGAUUGGUGCCAGAGCAAUCACGCAAAAACCGGUCUGAUCCAGGCUGUUCGGGACUCGAAGAUUGGCCUCGCUCAGGCCGAGCAGCUGGUGCUGGACGUGGUCAAGAAAUACUGCCCGGAAAAGGCAUGCCCGUUGGCUGGCUGCACCGUGCACAUGGACAGGAUGUUUUUGUGGCGGUACAUGCCUCGGUUGCUCGAGUAUUUGCACUUCAGGACGGUGGACAUCACAACGGUGAAAGAACUGUGCAAACGCUGGAAUAUAAAGGUUUUCCGAGCCUGUCCAAGAAAUAAGGAUGCGCACAGGGCGUUGGAUGACGUCGAGGAGAGCAUUCAGCACAUGCGGUAUUUCAAGCAAAAAAUGUUUUGAUUCAUUUUAGUUGAAUAUUUUUAUAUGGAUUCGGUGCAAUGCUUGUUUUUAAGUAGUCUAGUUGAAUUUUGUUCAUUUCGUAAUGAAUUGACAGGUUUUUACAAAUAGUGCAUGUGUUUGCUUUGCCCCUGGGUGAAAAAUAAUUGCCAUAUUACCCCGCUUAUUGUGGGGGAAUUUGCGGUAGGUCUGUUAUAUGGAAAGAUAGAUGACAACAAGGGCAAGGGGAAAAUGGGGUAUCCAAUAUGGGAAAAAUUGAAAAGAACCCUAAAAGUACCGUGUCCCGUCUCUCCCGUUGGUUUGACCGCUUCUAAUCUGAACACUUUUUAAGGUUGAAGGAUUCGUCAUUAACAUAACCGUCACCAGUGAAAAUUCGAAAGCAGUUUUCUCGUUCAAUUCUCAAAUUUCUGCAGUGAAAGUGUAUUCACUGUG